GGACAGUAUACCUCGAGUAUUGAGCACCGUUGUUGGUAGGAGUUGAUAGCAAUACACGUGGCGGAAACGCACGUUUCCUGAGGACAGCAGUAGUAGUACAGCUGCUGUCGUCGGUCUUGCAGUCCGCUCAAAGGCAUCGCUAAGAAGACAUGCCCCAGCAACACAGACGUCGACAGCGACGACCGGUCCAGCAGCCGUGGGCGUCGGGCACAAGUGCAGUAGUCCUUCUGGCCCUGCUUUUGGGCCGAUGUCAAGGCUUCGCGUUCAGCAGCAAGGCCCAUCACACCCACCUCGACAGCCCCGCCGCACACAACCGCAACCACCGCCGGGAUGUUGCUGCCUCGAUCCUGCAGCGGUCGCUCAGAAGACGACGGCAUCCCGCGUCCCCGACCAUGGCCGGGGCGCACCGCGAUAGCGGUGACUACGGAAGGUUCAGCGACACGGGCGAUGAGCCAGCUUACCGACCGGCGGCCGCGGCGGGGGGAGCGCCGAGGUCGGGGCGGAACUGGGAGGAGAUAGGCAACGCGGACGUGUUGGUGCCGAGGGACGUGGACUUUCCUCUGGGAGUGGUGCACUUCGUCGGGGGGCAAGGGGUGGGGGUGUUCCCGAGGAACGCGUACGGGGCGCUGCUCGAGGGGUUGGUAGAUGCAGACCCUUCUUGCUUCCUCGCUUCAGCCUUUCUCUGCCCACCCGGCCCCGCCCGGCUCCGCCCUGCCCACCUGCCUCGCCAACCACGCAAAGGCUUCUUGGUGGUGGCGACCCGCGUGCGACUUAACGAGUUCAACCACGACCAGCUGGCGUGCGACGUCGCUCGCGACUUUCGGGUGGCGUACCGCGACGUGGAGGCGCUGUACGGACGGGCAGCGAUGCGCCGCAUCCCCCUCUUCGGGGUGGGCCACUCCCUGGGGGCCAAGGUGCACGUCCUGCUGAACUGCUACCCGGAGGUGAUGGACGUGGCCAGGCGGAGAAAGGUGUGGGGACCUGAAGACAUGUCGUUCGGCAUCUGGAUGGCUGCCUUUGAGUUGUCUACCGGCAGGACUUUCAGCACACCGUUUAGCCCACCGAGUGAGGCAAACGUCAUCAUCAGCUUCAACAAUUUUCCCGCCAAGGACAGCGUGCCGUUCAUCAACGAGUUGCGUGAGCUGGGGCUGUCGAUGGGAAACUUGGGGGCUCUGGGCGACAACCUGUCUGGAAUCGCCAAAGCGGUCUCCGGGCUCCCGUUGGUGAACGGGUUCGCGUCGCAAGGGUUGUCUUUGGCGGAAGAGUGGGGACCAAAGGCGGCCGCUGCCGUGGGGUCUGCGCUGUUGGACGUACCCCAGGAGUUCAAGCCCUCGCCGGAGGCAACCUGGGACUUGCUGACGGACCGGUACUCGGUGCGUAACAACCUGGUAGUGCAGUUCAAGCGCGACACGAUAGACCAGAGCCCGCAGCUCGCCGAGGCGCUCUUCAACCGGUUCGGAAGGGACGGGGAGCUAGAGUUUUCGAGGCGAGUCAGUCUCCCCAAGCGGGACGUAGCUAUGAGGAGAAGGAGAGCACCUACGGCGCAAGCAUCGCUCCGGUUCCCCCAGCUUGCUCGGCUUGACGGCACGCACGUAACUCCAAACACGCCAGACUUCCGAGACACGCGCCAAGCACGGGACUGGGCGGACAAAGCCGGCAUGGGGGCGCAAGGCGAUGCAUUUGUCGAGGGAGGGGCCAAAGUGGCGGCGUCGACUGCGAGCCUCGAGCUGGACAAGCUCAUCAAGGCUCUAACGUCUUAUCUUCGGUCUCAGUCGCUGUGGGUGCGCCGAGAGGGGCGGUGGGACAGCGACGAGAUGUGAACAGCUUCAUUAAGGAGGCGAUCGAUGUAUUG